CAUCCCUGCUAUGAAGUGGAAUCGGCCUAGACUGAAGAAAGUGAAGACUCGAGAGAGAGAGAGCAAUGACGACGAGAAAACUGGUGCUCCUCCUAGCGUGCCUGGCGUCAAUCGCAGCCGUCGAUUCCAAAUCAGACAGCUCCGGCGAGUGGCACGUCCUCACGAAGCACAACUUUUCCUCUCAGAUCCGUCUCCACCCCCACAUCCUCCUCCUCGUCACUCUUCCAUGGUCCGGCGAGUCCCGAUCACUGAUGAGACACGUGGCGAGGCAGGUGGCUGAUAGACCUGAAGAUUUCAGCUCGCUGAAGCUGAUGGUGCUGCACAGGAACGCUGAGAAGAUGGUGGCCACUGCGAUUGGUGCUGCUUCGGAGUGGGAGGAAAUUACGGUUUUGUACUAUCACCAUUCUGUUUCGUACAAAUAUGGAGGGAGGCUUCGAUCGCAGACCAUUUUGAAUUCGAUUCGUCCCUAUUUGUCGGUUGCACCUGAACAACUUCCAUUGCAACGGCUCAACACUCCGGAAGAGCUUCAAGCUUUCGUCGAUUCGACUGACAAAGCUUUGGUUCUGUUUGAGUUUUGUGACUGGACUCCGAAAAUGAUGGCUAAGAGGAGGAUGAAUGGCACUGAUCACAGUGGUUUUGGGGAAUUUUUUGGCUUAAGCUUGAAUGCAGAGACAAACAGAAGCGACUGGCGGAAGAAUAACCAGAAGGGUUUGGAAGCUGCAAAGUUGAAGUGUGAUGUUGAUAAUGGGGUUGGCGCAGUUCCUUGGAUUGGGGACUUCAGCUCUGUAAAUGGUAGUGCUGCUUCUGAGGAGACUGGGAACACUAGGUCGCCUGAUGGUGCAUCAUUUUGCACGCUUGCAGAAUAUCAGUUGUUUGACUCUUUCUUCUCAAAGUUGAUGACUAUUGCAAGAGAGUCAUUCCUGCCUUCUAGGCAUAAAUUUGGUGUGGUCUCAGAAAGAUCAAUGCUCUCAGCUCUUGCUAUUGGAGAUUCCACUUCGUGGUUGGCGGCGCUAUACUUUGCUGGAUGCCCCAGUUGUUCGAAGAUUAUUAAAAAAGAGGGUGACCUUAAUAAUGCUUUAAAGAUGGAUAAUUCAGUGGUUAAGGAGCUGGAGGGUGAUGGCAAUGUUUUGGAGCCUGCUUUGCCUGCAAACCAGCCAUCAGUUCUGUUAUUUGUGGAUAGAUCAUCUGACUCGUUAGAGACUAGAAUAAACGGGAAGGAAGCACUUGAUGCUUUUCGAGAGUUGGCUCUGCACUAUCACAUGUCUUACCAGAUUGGGAGUCAAAGUUGGGACAAGCAUGAGAAAUCCAAGGUCCAGGAUAAUCAAGUAUUGAAAGUCACAUCUGGCCAUCAUGAAUUAAAACUGUCUCAGAUGGCUCAGAUUAGCAAACUAAAAGGUAAAAUAUCUACUUUUACGAUUUUAAGUGAGGGGAAACAAGUCACUGCGGAGAAGAUGGCUUUAGAUCUGGGUAAUUCCUUGCAGGAUAUCUUGGAAACUGUACUUAAGCAAAAGAAGAAAGCUAAGUUAAGCUCACUGGUUAAGGAGUUGGGUUUCCAACUUUUAUCAAAUGAUAUGGACAUCAAACCUGCAAAUACGUUGCCAUUGCAGAUGGAAACUGAAUCUGACCCGGUUACAGAAGAGCAAUAUAAGGAUGGCGUUGGUACAAGUAGUACCGACUCAAACAUAGAUCAGUUGGAUGGAAUGAGUAUAUCUACUGAACAGCAACCUGAAACUUCAGAAGUCAUGGGUACUGGAACGGCGGGAACGCCCUCUCAGAACAAUGAAGAUAAAACAGAUUAUGUUGAUAUAAGCAAUCCAGUCACAUCUAUAAAUAGGGAACAACAUCUUGCAGAUCAUAAAUCUGAAGAUUUAGAUAAAGAACUACACAGUGAAAAGUCUGCAGCGCAAGAACUUCACUUCCAAGACUUUAUGGGAUCCUUUUUCUUUUCUGAUGGUAAUUAUCGGUUACUUCAAGCGCUGACUGGUAGGCCAGAAGUUCCAGCCGUGGUAAUAGUUGAUCCCAAUACGCAGCAGCAUUAUGUCUUCCCGGAGGAUAGUUUUAAUCAUUCUUCACUGCUUGAUUUCAUUUCUGCCUUUCUUAAUGGGAGCCUUCUUCCAUAUCAACAGUCUGAAACUGUACUUAAAAGCUCUCGUAAAGCCACUCAACCACCGUUUGUUAAUCUGGACUUCCAUCAGGUCGAUUCUAUCCCUCGAGUGACAACUCACACUUUCUCUGAGCUGGUUGUUGGGUUUAAUCAAUCUGACAGUGAUGCUUGGAAUAAGGAUGUCUUGGUUCUUUUUAGCAAUAGAUGGUGUGGUUUUUGCCAGAGAAUGGAGUUGGUUUUUCAUGAAGUAUACCGAGCUAUGAAGGGUUAUUCCAAGAUGCUGAAAAGUGAAUCAAAGAAUGAGAAACCAACGGUUCAAGAUAGCAAUUUGAAGAACGAAAUGCUGAAGCUACCGUUAAUGUACAUGCUGGAUUGCACAUUGAAUGAUUGCAGUUUGAUACUGAAAUCAAUGAAUCAGAGGGAGGUUUAUCCCACUCUGGUGCUCUUUCCGGCAGAAAAGAAGCAUGCUCUUCCUUAUGAAGGAGAUAUGGCGGUCACUGAGGUUUUCAAGUUCAUAGCUGAUCAUGGAAGUAACAAUCAUCAUCUUGUCAGUGGAAAAGGGAUCUUGUGGACUGUAGCUGAAAAGAGAGAUAUAAAUCAAGAUGUUUUUCCAGUUCAGUCAUCUGACAAUCAUGAGCUGUCUACAGACACACUUCAUGAAGUCCUCUUAACCUAUGUACACAAACCAGUAAUUGAAGACAAGCAAGUCAAUCCCCGCAUAGAGCAAGAAGCACCCCUGAAUGUGGUGGUCGGUUCCAUCCUAGUUGCUACUGAUCAACUUCUUGGUGUACAACCCUUUGAUAAAUCAGAGAUCCUCAUUGUGAAGGCAGAUCAAGUUAAUGGAUUUCAAGGGUUGAUUAUCAACAAGCACAUCAGAUGGGAUGCUCUGCCUGAAUUGGGAGACGGAGUUAAGAUACUAGUAGAAGCCCCUUUGUCCUUUGGGGGACCGGUUAUAAAAGGUGGAAUGCCUCUUGUCGCGCUAACCCAAAUAUUUGUCAAGGAUGAGUAUCCAGAAAUCUUUCCAGACAUUGCAUUUCUUGAUCAAUCAGCAACAAUUCAAAAAAUCAAAGAGCUCAAGUUAGGAAAUCAAUCUGCCACUGACUACUGGUUUUUCUUUGGGUAUUCAAGUUGGGGUUGGGACCAGCUCUUUGUUGAAAUUGAUAAAGGAGCUUGGACUUUAAGUGACGAUGGUAUGAGACAUUUAAAUUGGCCAUCCAGUUAGGUAUUUCUUUCUUAUUUAACAUGAUAGAGCUUUUGGAGUAUUGCAUGAAGUAAUUUAAUUUACGGGAGAAACUAAGCAAGUACAAGGAUAACACAGAGAAUAUAUGCCGGCACACGAUUCCAUUGAAUCUGCUUGUAACCUUCUGUAGUCUGCAGGACUGUUAGUUUCCAAAGAAUGUAGUUAAGCAUUUUGACACUUUGUUCGCCUACGCAUGUCAAUGCUCUUCUAAU